GGGUUUAUAAUAAAUCAUAGAAAAGAAACAACCUGCAAACCAAACACUGCGUCUACAGUUCACUCUGUCAUUUCAAGGUGAAUUGUGUGUAAUCUCUGCAGGAAUGGAGCACAGUUGUGUCCUUGUGGAAGUCCUGAUCUUCCUCAUGAUGACUUUUCCUCAGGCAUCUGCAGCCACACACUCUCUGCAGUACAGCUACACUGCACUCACACCAGGACUACAUUUCCCAGAGUUCACUGCUGUUGGUCUGGUGGAUGGAGAACAGUUUGUGUCCUAUGACAGUAACAUGAGGAAGAUGAUCCCAAAGACAGAGUGGAUACAGAAUAUCAGCACUGAUAGUCCAGAUUACUGGAACAGAGAGACACAGGACAUACAGAGUGAUCAGGAGAAAGUCCAUCAGCUCCUGGUUACAGUAAUGAAAGACUUUAAUCACACUGAAGGAGUUCACACACUCCAGAGGAUGUACAGCUGUGAGCUGGAUGAUGACGGCACUGUCAGAGGAUUCGAUCAGUUCGGUUAUGAUGGAGAGGAUUUCAUCAGUCUGGAUCUGAAAACUGGAACCUGGACUGCAGCUAAACCACAAGCUGAGAUCAUCAGGAACCAGUGGAAUAAUGAUACUGGUUUUACUGUGGACCAGAAAAACUACCUGGAGAACGAGUGUAUCAACUGGUUAAAGAAGUUUGUGUCUUACGGCAGAGAGACUCUGGAGAGGAAAGUUCGUCCUGAGGCAUCAGUGUUCCAGGAGUACUAUUUUUCAUCAGAGGUGGUGUGUCACGCUACAGGUUUCUUCCCCAAAGCAGUGAUGAUCUCCUGGAGGAAGGACGGAGAGGAUGUGCAUGAGGACGUGGAGCUCACAGAGACGUUACCCAACCAGGAUGGAAGCUUCCAGAAGAGAAGCAUUCUGAAAGUCACUGAUGAGGAGCUGGAGGAACACAACUACACCUGUGUGAUUCAGCACAGCAGCUUGGAGGAGGAGUUAGUGCUGCCCAUGGACAUAAUCUGGCCUGAAAUCACAUCUUGUUGGUUUGAACCUGAAGAAUAUGGUGAAGUUUUGGAUGGAGGACCAGGUGGAUUAUCACAUGGUGGAAAGAUUGGUAUCAUUAUUGGUGUAGUUGUGGUUCUUGUUGCCAGUGUUACAGGAUUUCUCAUCUGGAAGAAGAGCAAAAUGUCUGACUUGUUCAAACAUGUUCCGCUCAGCUCCAAUGCCUGAGAACUUGGCCCUUCUGCUCGGCUGUGGACGUCGCUCGGCCCUUCUGCUCGGCUGUGGACGUCGCUCGGCCCUUCUGCUCGGCUGUGGACGUCGCUUGGCCCUUCUGCUCGGCUGUGGACGUCGCUUGGCCCUUCUGCUCGGCUGUGGACGACACUCGGCCCUUCUGCUUGGCUGUGGACGUUGGGGUCGUGGUCCCCUCGGAUAUUGUCAUUGAUACGGGAUUGGCUCUUUGGGAGCCGCGCCUUGAGGGGGGGUUACGGUCAGGAACCAGCCCAGACUUUUGGCCAUGUGCGUUUGCUUGUUCUGCGUUCACGUGUCUGCCCCGCCCUUGUCUCUUCCCUCUCACCUCUGCAUACCUGUUCCUUAUGUGUUUAAUAGUCAUGUGUAUUUAGCCAUGCCGCGUUGCCUAUGGCAGCACGGUAUCCUUGUCGUUAUUUGUCACAUCUUUUUCAUGUCCUUGUCCCUGUUUUGUAUUUUUUAAGUUAUUAAACCUGUUCAUUUUUACGCUA